AUGGACAUUUUUGAACCACCAUUGGAUGAUGCAUAUCCUAAUCCAGCAUUAGCACAACACAUACAAUUGGCACAAUAUGAAAAAUAUGUACAGAACAAUACUGAACAAAUUUAUAUGCUGAGUUUGGGAGAACAGUGCAAGAGACAAAAUAUCGGAGCAACCUAUUCUUCUUUGAGCGCACACAUUCAUAUUACUGAAAAAAAUAAAAUAAGAUAUAAAAGAAAUACGAAGGAAGAAACCGGAAGGACAGAGGAGUCACUAGCAAACGCGGAAUCUAUAGGAAAUGAUAUCCUUGAAAUUUUAGACAAAGAAAGUCAAGAAGAAAAUAUAAGAACGGAGGUCACGAGCGUAGAAUCUAACAGAAACGAGACAAACGAGAUUAUAGAUGACGAUGACCGUAUUUAUAAUACAUCGUGCAAAAUUGAAAUCACUGUGUCAUGUGAUAUGCCUGUGGCCUCAACAAGCUCACGCACUUUCACUAGUCGAUCAGUCGAGACAAUAUCAUGGACUUUAUCGAUGAUUUCUGGCGUAGCAGCCUCAAUGAAACAUCCCGAACGAGGUGCAUCACAUAUGGACUAUCAUCCCUUAAAAGUAUUCUGGCGAAGUAUCAAGUCGAAAUAUGACAUAUUUACGGAGAAAUAGCCCAUAGUCGAGAGCUGGUGUAAGUGGCAGAAAGCUGUCGCUUUGAAUAGAGACUCGACACUUGAAGAUUUGACACCACUGCUUGGCCAGGAAAUGAAAGAGCACCUCUUACCAAUAUACGAGAAUUUAUCUAGAGAAGAUCUUCUAGAAAGGUGCUUGGGUGGUCACACUCAGAACGCCAACGAAAGCUUUAACUCCACCAUCUGGCGAUUGACCCCCAAACACUUACAUUCUGGCCAAAAAAUAAUCGAGUUAUCAGCCUGCAUUGCAGCCGGAGUAUUCAACGAAGGCUACAAUUCAAUAUUGAGGCUGAUGAACCAACUGGACAUCGUUGUCGGAAAUCAAGCUCUCAAUUUUGCUAAAAAUACGGACGAAGCUCGCGUUACACGACAGAACAGGAUGAGCCAAAGCGAGACAAAAGCUGCCCGUACUGCCAGGAAACAGCAACAACUGGAAGAUAAUCAGCUUUUCGAGGAAGCUGAAGAGC